AUGUCGCAAACCCCCGCUGCUUUCAAGCAGAUCAGCACCAACCCCGCCGCGGGCUCCGUCACGGCGCCGACCGACGCCAAACUCAAGGCCAAGGAUGUCGAGCGAAAGAUGAACCUCUACGGCGUCAUCGAGGCGUUCCGACAGGGCAAGAUGCCCUCGAACCGACAGGUAUGUUUUCUCGUUUUUCUUCUUCCUCUUCUUUGAUACUGUGUUUCGAUCUCGCUGUACCAUCAACUAGUUGUAGUACAUGGCUAGUGUUCGCUGCCGAUGCCGGUGUUGAACCGCGAUUCUGCAUCGAGGAGCUUUGCCGACCUUGACCGAGAAAUGACCACAUACGUGGCGACCGCUGACGCUGACGUCGUUUUUUUUUGCCGCGCGCGCGCUCUCGCUUCUGACUCGCUUCCACUUCCGCCCCCCUCCUCCUCGGCUUCGCCUUCGGUCAAUCGCUCCCGCUCUUUUUCUUUCGCCCCCGAGCAGAUCUCCGAGACUCUCGAUUAUGUCAUCGGCCACUCCCCCAUCGACGAGAAGAAGCUCUCCAAGGACGGCCGAGGACUCAUUGAGGACUUCAGAGGUGAGCCCCCCUUUUUUUUCUGUCUCGCCCGACCGAAUUCUCGAUCGAUUUGCUUCGUCGGGUUUCCCCUACAUCACGCUGUUUAAGAUGUUUUUCCAUCAUACCUGUCUUUGAGCAUUGUUAACUGACUGGGUCUUUUCAAAUCUGUUCUCUGGAUAGAUUUGAUCCGAACUGCCAAGCAGAUGGUCGAGGAGCGAAAUGCCGACGAGCUCUUGCAAAACUUCAUCUACCAGUACGUUGUUGCAUGUCAGAAAAUAGCAUUUCAACAACUGCGUGCUGACAAGUCCUUCGCCACCUUCGCAGCACCCGUGACGUCGACUACUCUAAGGGCGAUUUGUCCAAGGUCAGCACCUCCGUCAACAAGGACGACACCCAGAAGGAUGGCGAGCAAGCCAUUGAGCAUCUCCGCACGCUCGCCAAGUUGCUCUUCACCAACUCCGAGGCCCGCAAGCUUUUGAAAGAUGUUGGCAUCCUCGGCCGCGACGUCGCUGCCGACGCUGCCGCCAAGGCCUCGGAGGUCGCUCGACCCAGCGAGAGCGAGUUGCAGCAAAUCGACGAGACCGCUCCUUCCAAGGAGUGGGUCGGCCCUAACGGCGAGAAGCGUGGCGUCCACCAAUCUGCCCCCGACACCGGUCUCGGCGAGACACGUGAUCAGCUCGUACAAGCCAGGAACGAUGCCCAAGCCAGGCGCGAGGAGUUCAAGAACGACGUAGCGAACCAGGCGCAGGGCCACGCCGAAAAUGUCGCUUAUGCCGCCGACCGGGGACAACAAGCCGCCGGUGGCGAGGUCGCCCGUGAUGAGGAUCGAGCCCGUGCCGCCAAGGAUGCUGGUCUCGGCCAGGCCAAGGAGGAGGGCGACAAGGUCAAGGCCAAGGGCGAGAAGCUCGGUAAUAAGGUCGCCGAGUUCAAGGACAGGAUCCCCCAGGAGCACAAGGACAAGGCCAAGGAGCAGCUCGAGCAGGCCAAGGUAUGUCUUGUUUCACUCUUGACGUCGAUUCUUGGUACAAGUAGCUGACCCGAGCUUUUGUGGCCUCGAUUGAUAGAGCUAUGCCAAGGACAAGUUUCCCGAGGAGCGCCGCGAGCGUUUCAUCUACCGCUUGAAGAAGAUCAUCGUCGAGAACCAGAGCCAUCGCGACUAUCAAGAGGCGAUCGAGUUCUUCCUUGAGCGUGCCGAGUCCUACCACGGUGUCGCCAAGGACGCGACCUCGCAGUCCGGCGACCAGGCCAUCACGCUUCGCAACGACGAGGCCUUCCAGCAGGCCGAGAAGGAGCUCCGCACCUUGCUUGAGCGCUUCGCCAACGGGCAGUCGAUGCAGCCCAUGUUCGAUGCCGUCAACCAGCUCUACAAGGAUGCCAAGAACGACGACGAGCUUGCUGCGUGGUUCAGCAAGCUUGACAACUAUGUCCGCCAGGUCCUCCAAGAGCCCGGCUACGUCAUGGAGGAGCAGUGCGACAAGGAAGGCAACAGGCUUUUCGAGGAAAGCAAGAAGUUCUACGACCCCAAGACGGGCAGGUACGCCGGCCACAAGGACGCGCUUUUUGACUCGAUCCAACAGUUCUUCACCUCCUACGCCGACGACCCGCUCAACGUCGAGCUCGGCAACGGCGUCAAAAAGCUGACGACCGACCUCCUGUACGACAGCGAGGGCAGCCUCAAGUACAAGGCGCACCUCUGGAACGACGUCCGCUCCAUCAUCCUCCCCGCCCUCGCCAAGAACGUCGGCUACGUCCCCAUCCCCCGCAUCGAGUACAUCGACCGUGAGCUCGACGUUGUCAUCGAGAACCUCACCCUCGAGUCACAGAACCUCAUCCCCAACAUCAUCGAGAUCGAGGCCAAGAACUACUUCAAGCUCUCGCCGUACGACCAGAUCCGUGACAUUAGCAAGCACUCGUUCGUCCUAUCGUUCUCGCAGGUGCAGGCCGACUUGAAGGACGUUGCCUUCUACAUCAAGAAGAAGCAGGGCUUCCCCAAGCUCACCGACUCGGGUAUCGCCGACGUCCAGAUCUCCGGCAACGGUGUGUCGGGCAAGAUUCACAUCGAGUCCACAGGCAAGGCUCACCACGCCUUCAGGGUCGUCGACUGCAAGAUCAAGAUCGACUCGAUGAAGUUCGCCGUUCGCGAGUCCAAGCACUCGUUCCUGAUCAGUCUCAUCAAGCCUUUGGCUUCGGGUUUGAUCAAGAAGGGCAUCGCCGCCGCCAUCGAGGGUGCCAUCCGCUCCGGCUUGCAGCAACUCGACGCGCAGAUCGCCGAUAUCGCUGAGCGCCUCGAGGCCGCCCAAGAGGCCGAGGGUGUCGACAACAAGUUCGAUGCCGUCAAAGCCGCUUUGCGCGACAAGAAGCGCGAGGCCGAGAAGGUCGCCGAGAAGCACUCUGACGCGCAGUUCAACAUCACCGCUCGUCGCGAGAGCAAGUUGAUCAACGUCACCUUGCCCAACUCGAUCGUCGAGAUGCAGGGCGAGAAGGCCGACCGCGCGCAGGAGUCGAGAGAGGACGGGUGGAAGUCGUCCGCUUUCGACAUCGUCCCUUCGAGCGGAUCCAGUCUGCCUUCGGGAACGACUUCGUCCAAGCCGAUUCAGACCAACGCCACCGCGCCCAAGUUCAACAGCGAACCCGCACCGGCCAUUUCCGGAGGUGGACCCGGCAUCGCACACCUCGCGCAGCCGACCCCUGUUGAGUUGCCCAAGUAG